AUGGAGCUGUUAUGCGCGGAACGCGUGAGUCCCGUCAGCGAUGGGCCGAGGCCCGGGGCUUCGCCCUCCGCCGCCUCCGACCCGGUGCUGCUGCGCCGCCGCGUGCUGGACAACCUGUUGCGCACGGAGGAACGCUACGCAGUCACCGCCAACUACUUCGGCACCGUGCAGACCGAAGUCACCCCGCAUAUGCGCCGAGUCGUUGCCGAGUGGAUGUUAGAGGUUUGCGAAGACCAGAACUGCCAGGAGGAAGUAUUCACUUUGGCGAUGUCGUAUUUGGAUCGGUUCCUUAGCAUAUGCACCGUGGGGAAGAGUCAAUUGCAGCUGUUGGGAACUGCUUGUCUACUCCUGGCGUCUAAAUUAAGAGAACCGAGCUCUCGCGGACUACCUGCAGAUUUGCUAGUCUUCUAUACGGCGAACAGCGUCACACUUACAGAUCUAUGCAGUUGGGAGCUUCUCGUGCUGUCGAAGUUGAAAUGGGACGUGGCCGGAGUGACGGCGCACGACUUUCUACCGCUUCUAAUCUCACGACUACCACUGCGCGGGCGCGUCACUAGUGAAAUGGUACAACGGCAUGCCCAGACGUUCAUUACAGUUGCAGUGAGAGAUUACGAGUUCACUCUAUACUCAGCGAGCACACUAGCAGCGUGCAGCAUUGCAGCGGCUCUGAGAGGGCUCGGUUUAGACGGGCAUUUGCCUCGCUUACACGACCUGACCGGAAUCGACUUGGACUGCUUGCAAACGUGCCUCGAGCAAAUGGAAGAGCUCGUCCAGGGGCUGAUUGAACGUGUCGUCUCUGCCCCAAACGGUCAGAGCCGGGAGGCAGGAUGGACGCCCCCACCGACCCAAGACAAGGCGCACAAUAACGCCGCCACUCCCACCGACGUCAGAGAUGUCCACUUCUGA